CACAAACAUGAGAGAUUGAUGAGCAAGAAAUCUGAUUCCUUUCUCAAAUUCAUCACUCAUUCUCAUGUGGUUUGGAGAGGAUAAAAUAGAAAAGGAAAUGGCUGAGCAGGGGAGGGAAAAUGUCAUGAGUGUAGAACUUGCCAUCCAAAGAGAACUGGCAUACAGAAGGAAGAUUACCAUGCUGAAUUUGCAAACAAAUGCUGAGUCUGGACAGGAACUUAUCCCACUCCAGGUGUGUUUUUCAAGUCCAGGAGGAAAUGCUUCUUCAAGGCCAAUUUCAAAUUCAAAUCUUAGUCUUUCAGGAGAAAAGCAAGCAGCACCACCAAGCAAUCGAGAACUUCUAAGUGGAAAUGCUUCUUCAAGGCCAAUUUCAAGUUCAAAUACUAGCCUUUCAGGAGUGCAUUCAUCAAGUCCAAGUAGAAACGCUUCUUCAAGGACAAUUUCAAAUUCAAAUCUUAGUCUCUCAGGAGAAAAGCAACCAACACCACCUAGGAAUCAAGAACUUCCAGGUGGAAAUGCUUCUUCAUGGCCAAAUUUGAGUUCAAAUCCUUGCCUUUCAGGAGUAAAGCCCCGAGCACCACCAAGCAAUGAGGAACUUCUAAGUGGAAACGCUUCUUCUAGACCAAUUUCAAGUUCAAAUCCUAGCCUUUGUGGAGUAAAACGACCAGCACCACCAAGCAAUCCAGAACUUCCAAGUGGCAGUGCUUCUUCAAGGCCAAGGUCUAGUUCAAAUCCUAGUAUUUCAGGAGUAAAGCAAUCUGCACCAUCAAGUAAUUCACAAUUCCUGCAGCUUCAACUACUGCAAUCAUUCAAUAAUGAUGACAUGCUGGAGCCUCGGGCAGAUAAUUUGUUUUGUGAAGUCUGUCAAGUUACAUGUCCAGGUCCCUUCAACUAUAAGCAGCAUAUAAGCAGUAAAAGGCACCAGUUUAAAGUGCAAGAACUGAAGUUCAGCAGAAAAGAUGGAGAAGAUGACUAUCCAGUUGCAAACCAGAGAGGAAGAAAGUGGUGCAGUUUGUGUAGAAUUUGGUGCAUGAAUGAUGACCUGAUGAAGCUGCACUUAGCGGGACAAAAGCACAAGAAAGAACAAGACCGGUUGAAACUUGCACAGAUUGGUGAGAUGACUGAGCGGCCAAAUUGGUGUGAAUUGUGUGGCAUUGGGUGUACCGAUGGGCAUGCACUUCAGAUGCAUUUAAAGGGAAAAAAGCACCAGACUGAACUGAGAAUGCGAGAAUGUGGUAGGACAAGAGGCAAUGAUGUUGAGAAGCAACAAAAGGUUUGCCACUUGUGCAACAUUUGGUGCAUAGAUGAGGUCUCUCUACAGAGUCACCUUGUAGGAAAAAAACACGUUUUGCGGGAGCUUGAAGUGAAGAAGAUUGAAGGUUGCUGCAUGAUUGAUUAUGGAACAAGCACAUGACUAGAACACAGAAGAUUAACGUAUUCCUUUUACCUGGCACCCUUUUAAUUAUGCUCUUUCUAGCUGAAUUAGGAGAUUAUAACCAGAGUACAGAGAUGAGGGGGACGGGCUUAAUAUGUGGAUAACACCAUGCCCUUACUUUUGCUAUGGUAUAUUAUGUAGAUGAGUUCAAUAGUAGCUUCCAUAGAUACAAACAUAACAUGUGGAUCCGUGCAGUCCUUCAUAUGCGAACUACACAUUUUAUAACCAUUGAUGAGGGGCAGACCCUGAUUUGAUUUGAAGAUGAUCCCCAUCUAACAAUGGUUAGAAGAACUACAAAUCAGCAAUCUGUGUAUGGAUAACUAUGUCUGAGUUUGUAGUUGUUCAAUUUAACCUCCAUUAAUAAACUUGUUAAAUGGCU